AUGUUUGGUCGAUCGGGGUUGUUUGCAGAUAUCAUGUGCCCUUAUGAUGAAGACUGCACACGACCGCACUGCCAUUUUUGGCAUUCGAAAGAUGACAUAUCACAGCAACAACAGCAGUCUUCCGUAUCAUUAAUGUCAUCAGCUCCACCUGACCAACCAUUUGUGGGCUAUGUUGGUUAUGUGGAGAAUCAGAAAGCAGUCAUCACAACAACAAUACCAACUUGUAGUCAGUCUAUUUACGCUCCUCUAGAUCCGGUCGUAUACACACAGCAGCCAUCAACAUCAGCUGUACAGCAAUCCAGUAUUGCUUACAUUCCUACAAAAAUUACUCCGCGACUGAUGUGUAAACGAAUGCCUUCACCGGAAAUCCUUAAACCGAGAAUGCCAGUGGAAUUAUUAGUGGAUGACAUACUGGAUCCAGCUAACUAUAAGGCAAAAACCGUCGCUGCUCCAUCUGCUAAUAGUUCGAGUUCAAUUGAAAAUGUUAAGGUAUCUGAAAUGAGUUUGAAUGAUUAUGCGAAAUCAGUAGCUGAUAUUGAUACACGAAUCGAAGAAUUGCAGCGAAAAAUCGAAAUUGAACGCCAGCAAAAGGAAAAGAUAGUUCACGAUAUUAGAGCACUGGUUAAGCCACCGGCUGUUAAUUCAGAUUCUCCAGCUGCAAGAAAACAUUCAGACUCAAACUCGAAAUCGAAACUAGCUACUUAUACAGGUGGCUACACGCCGACUCCGAUCGCUCUGUUGAAGUCGGUGGAAAAGGCGAAAAAUGAAGCUCGACAAAAGAAGAAGACAAGAAUUGAAGAGACCGAUAAUAAAAAAGAGGAUGUGAUGGACUUGAAAAACAAAGUAAAGGGAAAUAAAAUGAAAGACAAAGGUAAAGCAAGAGGUGCGAAAGUGAAAAAAGUUACGAAUGCAGAAGCAAGUAAAUCGCACAUAGCAUUAAAACAGCAACAGUCAACUGAAGGAAAAUCGCAAUCAGUUACGAAAAAGAAACUUGACGAGCAACUUUCUAUCGAAGACCUUUUUGGAACCGAUGUACCAGCUGCGAAAAAGCAAAGGAAUAUGGACAGUAACCGGAAAUCGAAAGCAGACAGUUUACCUGAAAUGGAAAAACAAGAAGAAAUGGAAAUUAAGACGGAAGCAAAAAGGAGAAUAGCACAUUGCAGUGUUCAGCCGACUGUACAAAUGUGUGUAACAACAACCAAAGUCCGUACACCUACAAUGGCUCAGCAACUGAUGAAUCGCUACCAAAAGCUGCAGAAAGAAAAAGAGGAAUUGUUGAGGAACAUGAAGCUCAAAGAAGAAAUAAAAACAAAUAAAAUUAUAACGGCUGAAAAAAAGUAUGAUUACAAAUCGGACGCAGUAGCAGCAACGGUAGGCAAAGGCGAAAAACGAACAGCACACGUACCAAAAAUAUCGAAAUCUGCCAAAGUAAAUUUAAUACCAUUAGAUCCAUAUUCGUGUGGUAAAAUCCCAUACGCUUUGCGCGUCCGUUAUUUGAAUUUGUUUUAUAUCGAAUGUCAAAAAUUUUGUAGUUCGACGAAUGAUGCUAUAGCUCAGGCUCAACAGGAAGAAAAAAUGAUUAAGGAUCGAGCUGUGACAAAGGGUGGUUAUACAGGUGCUGCAGUGAAUGUUUUACGACGUUUGCGGGAUGUUAUUUCACCACGAACUGCAGCACUAAAGUCUGUUUCACAUUCGGCUAUCCUUGCUGGUCGUCAUCACGGAUCCAUCACAAUUGGCCAGAGAAAAUGUUCACUUCCUGGAAAACAAUCCAUUAGUGAAAGUGAAUUCUACGGAUUGCUGCUUUCGAAGUUCGUUUUAGACGAAGAGAAACUGGAACAGAACGGUUACCCUUUAUGGGAAGGUCCGGAUAAAAAAAGGGUGAAAAUCAAAAUAUCGGAAUUAGACAACAAAAAGAAAUUAUUUGUAGAGGAAAAUGAUCUCAAAAGAAUAUGUUGUCGUUGUGGCACCGAAUUUACUCUUACACCGAAAGGUGAUUAUGCUGCACUGAAGCAGUGUGUAUACCACUGGGGAAAGGCUUUUAAAACAAAAACUCGUGGACUAUGGGAAUCUCGAUAUAAUUGUUGUCAGUCGGAUCUUAGUGUAGCUGGAUGUUGUGUAGCUGAUUGUCACGUCACUGAUACUGCGCCAAAAUCAGUGUUGGAGACCUAUCGAGAGACACCACCACCAUCGGGACCAAAAGAUGAACGAAGCAGGAAAGUGUAUGCAUUUGAUUGUGAAAUGGUGUAUACAACCUGGGGUACCAGUUUAGCUCGAAUAUCAGUAGUCGAUGUGGACGACAAGCUAGUGAUGGAUGUUACUGUACGUCCGCAAUAUGAAGUACGUGAUUGUAAUACACGAUUUAGUGGUUUGACGAUAGAUCAAAUUGAAGGAGCAGAAUUUGAUUUGGAACAGACCCAGAAGCGAUUCUUUGAAUUGGUAAAUUCGGAAACGAUUUUGAUUGGGCAUAGUCUUGAAAGUGACCUGAAAGCAAUGCGUCUGGUUCAUCAUCGGGUAGUGGAUACAUCGGUUGUAUUUCCACAUAGACUAGGACCACCCUACAAACGUGCUUUGAAAACAAUUGCUUCGGAAAUACUGCAGCUUAUCAUUCAGGAAGACAUUGAUGGACAUGACUCGAAAGAGGAUGCAAGCACUUGUAUGCGGCUGAUGUUACAUAAAGUUGUACAUAAUUAG